ACCAGCAAAGGCAGAGAACGUGAGAAAUUCCAGGAACUGCACCGUGUCCAUCUGUCCGUCCCCCUGUGUGACUGAAACCGAAUCAGAUUAAGGAUGCUGGGCUGUGGAUGUGUGCUGCUCUCUUGUCUGCUGACACUGACCUUGUUCCACUGCAGUGCCGAAAGCCUUCACAUACCGCAAGGAAGACCAGAGUAUGUGGAAUCUUCUGUCGUGGAGGGCCGCAGUGUCCAGCGAGGCCAAAUGGAGCAGAAAACCUCAGGAGCACUGAGUGCUAAACUCCUCCUGCACGACCAGUUGGUUCGGCUGGAGAACGAUGUCAUUGAGACCAAAAGGAAACGAAGCUUCCCUGGAUCCAACACGCCACUGGACCGUCUGUCAAUCAGCACCAUGGACCCUAAAAGCAACAAGCAGAGAAAGGCUGUUGAACUGCCGCGGCGGCGAGUCAGCGUGCCGAUUGACCGGAUUGGUGUAGGCCGCCUUCCCAGCAGCCGAGGAUAAGCUCCCCCCAUGACCACGCCCCCGGCAAAUACAGGGGAAUAUUGCAGGUAGAUGAUAUGCAUGAUAAGCACACCAGCCAACACAACUCACUAACCACUGAACGAUCUCAGCGUCCUCAACACACGUUUAAUCAUCGCUGCUCCAGAGCUGUUCUUUCUCUUUAAAUGCAGAAUUAAUAUCUGAUUACUAUCAGUUUGGAUCCAUUAUCAUUUUAUUUCAACAUAUAAACUGUUUUUAGAGUAGUGCAGGGAGCAAAACCUGGAAGAUCAUAUUAGUUUCCCAAAGAUUAGCAUAUAUGCUAAGGUUUUACAAUUGAGUUUUUUUUUUUUUUUUUUUGGUUCAUGAAUAAAAUAAAGGUAUUAUGAAAUAUGGGCUGUGUCCAAAAAGUUAGGCAGCUGACUUGUUGCCUUGCUGCACUAUCAGUCACUCUGGAGGUACGUUUCUUUAUCAAAACUGAUU